AUGUUUGUCUCCAGGAUGCAAUUUAUGUCUUUGAAAAAUUGCAUUAUGAUAUUUUGGAUAUGGAUAGUCGUACUGCUAGCAGCGCUAGUUUUGUACAUCCGCAAAUCUUACUCCAGGUUCAGUGACCAUGGGGUGAAGCAUCCCAAGACGGUGCCUUUCUUCGGUAAUAUGCUAAGUAUCGUUCUUCGGCAAAUUCAUAUCGCUGACCAAUUGGAAAUGAUGUACGACACAUACAAAGAAGAAAGGUUCGUGGGCAGAUACGAGUUUUCCAAACCUACAAUACUUGUACGUGACAUUGAAUUGGUGAAGAAAAUAACAAUCAAGGACUUUGAAUAUUUCAUAGAUCACAGAGGUUUUACCGAUGAAAAAGUUGAGCCUCUGUUCGCUAGGAAUUUAUUCUCUUUAAAAGGUGAAGAAUGGAAAGACAUGAGAUCAACUUUAAGUCCAGCUUUCACAAGCUCCAAAAUAAAGCUGAUGGUGCCGUUCAUGGAGGAAGCUGGAGACCAAAUGAUUAGAGCUUUGAAGAAAAAAAUUAAUGAAUCUAAGACCGGUUAUAUAGACGUGGAUUGCAAGGACCUGACGUCGCGGUACGCCAACGACGUGAUCGCGUCCUGCGCGUUCGGCCUCAAAGUGGACUCUCAUAGUGACGAAAACAAUCAGUUCUAUGAAAUGGGAAAAACUGCCGCCACCUUCAAGUUCCGUCAGAUGUUGCUAUUCUUCGCACUUUCUGCUUUUCCUAGUCUUGCGAGGAUAUUCAAGUUAACUUUAUUUUCGGACCGCACUAAAGAAUUCUUCGUAGAGCUCGUAACAAGCACAAUGAAGGACAGAGAAGCAAGAAACAUCAUCAGACCUGACAUGAUCCACCUUCUCAUGGAGGCUAAGAAAGGACGACUGGGACAUGAAGAAAAAUCAGGAAACGAUGUUCAAGAUACAGGAUUCGCUACUGUUGAAGAAUCUUCCGUCGGCAGAAAGUCCAUUGAUCGAGUUUGGUCAGAUAUGGACUUAACCGCUCAAGCAGUGUUGUUCUUUAUCGCGGGCUUUGAGACCAUAUCAACGGCGAUGUCUUUCGUAUUACACGAGCUAGCUGUACAUCCAGACGUACAGGAGCGGUUGGUCGAAGAGAUCAAAGAACAGCAUAUUAAGAACAAUGGAAAACUGAAUUUCAAUGCUAUACAGAGCAUGACUUACAUGGAUAUGGUGACUUCAGAGGUUCUGAGACUUUGGCCUCCGGUUAUGGCACUGGAUAGAAUGUGCGUCAAAGACUACAACAUGGGUAAACCAAAUAGUAAAGCUACUAAAGAUUUCAUUAUUAGGAAAGGUGAAAUUCUGGGAUUACCAGCGUGGAAUUUCCAUCGUGAUCCUGAAUUCUUCCCCGAUCCUCUAAAGUUCGAUCCUGAACGCUUCUCAGAGGAGAACAAGCAUAAAAUUAACCCUAUGGCUUAUAUGCCAUUUGGAAUUGGUCCUAGAAAUUGUAUUGGAUCCAGAUUUGCUCUCUGCGAGUUGAAGUCACUUGUAUACCAGAUACUGUUGCAUAUGGAAAUAUCUCCGUCCGAGAAAACUUGUAUACCUAUUAAACUUUCCAAAGAGUCUUUCAACCCAAGAAUCGAAGGAGGACAUUGGUUAAGAUUUAAAAUACGCAAUCCU